UUGGCCUUUUCGCUUGCCAUACACAAGCGCGGGCCUGCGCGAGGAAAUGAAUCUCGCCCCGGUCCAAUGCACGGUUGUAGCCGUGGACAAUGACCCGGUACAGCCAGGCUGGCGUGCGCGGUCACUGUGAAAAACAUGUAGGAGCUGGGUAACUUUUUGAGACGUAAAAAGGAAAUGACGGACUUCCGCGCGCGCGACGCAGAAGAACAGCGAGUUCCGGUGCGGCAGCAAAUGCUGUCAUAAAGCAGACGGCAUGAGCAAGCGGCCAAAAAUCCACGUCUUUCUCGGGGCUCCGGCCCCCACUUCUGCACCUGAAGCCCCGGUGGAGGUGAGCAGUCGUCCUCCUGUCCGCUGGAGACACCUGGAGCUCACCUGGAGGGACGGGAAGCUCAAGCCUGCAUCAGGUGAAGACGAGGAUGAGGCUGACCAAUCCCAGUCCGGGUCAAGAGGUCAGGAGGAUCGGUCAAAGACUGAGGCUCCCAUCAUGGAGGGGGGGUCCGGCUCUGAGGAGGGGGGUGCAUGUUUGGGGUCCUUGCAGGAGUAUCUGGACUUCUGUUUUCCUGCUGCUCAGCCAGAAGGACCGGAUCAAUGUUUGCCCGCCCCCGAACCCCCCCCUGUGUCCACCCGGACUCACUACCUGAGCACCUGGACCCUGAGUCAGGCUCUGAUGCUGAAAGGCCGGCACGCCGUCCAGUCAGCAGACAGCCCAGAGAAAACCCCGCCCAAACCACCCCAAACCCCUCCCACCGAUUCCUCCAACACCCCUGAGCUCUUCAGCCCCACAACUCCCUCCCCAGGCUGCUCCUCCGAGCUCUUCAGCCCCCAGCGCCCGACGCAGCGGGUGGAGGCAGGAGGCGUCGUCCUUGAGGUCACCACAGACGGCGUUCUCUGUUCUCAGGAGGCCUCCCCCUGUGACCCCCCAGCAGAGAUCCCAUGCGCCAAAAGACCCCUGAUCUCUGAGGACUCUGGGGUUGUUGCAGCAGGACUCCAGAACCGCACCACACCUUUGGACAGGUGUGUCCGGGUGGGGGCGUGCUUCUCCGUCCUCGUGGUGGUGGUGCACCCGUGUCACCUGAAGGAGGUCCAGGUGAAGUCCGGCCCGUCGGCGGGGACCGCGGUUCCUCUGGCCUCCGUUGUGGUGACAGACCAGUCUCACCUGGACGUGAAGGUGGUGCUGUGGAGGCGGGCUGCGUUCUGGGCGCUGACGGUGAACCCCGGAGACCUCCUGCUCAUCACAGGUCUGAAGGUGACGGAGGACAGGUGGAGAGGAGAGACGGUGCUUCAGUCCACCUUCAGGAGCAAACUCCUCAACAUUGGCCACGCCUCCUCCCCACCACCAGUGUCCCACCAUGUUGAUGCUCGCUCGCUCUCCUCCCUCUGCACCGCUGUCAGGAAGCGGCGCCCCCUGCUGGUGUCUCUACCCAGACACACCCCUCAGGACCUGAACCGCCUCCCCUACGCCUCCCUGAGGGCUCUGAGAGUCAACACGCUGGUAAACGCACUGCUGCGUGUGACCCAGAAACACCUUAGCUCAGAGCUGCGCAGCGAGGCGGAGUCUUGCAGAAGGUCUGCGUUUGAGACAAAGGCGGUUCUCACCGUGGAGCAGCCCGGUGGCCAGCAGGGGGUGCUGCUGCUGUGGGGGGCGACUGUGGCCUGGCUGCCUCGAUUCAGCAAAAACAAAGCUGUGUGGGACUUCCACAACCUCCUGGUGAGGGAGGGGCUGACCUCUGACCUCCCAGAACUCCACUCUACUCCCUGGAGCUCCGUCCGGGCUCUGGACCCGACCGACCGCCGCCUGUUGGACUUCCAGCGGAUGCUUCUGCCCAGAGCCAGCCCCCCCCUGGAGCUGGACGUGGACACCCUGCUGUCCCAGAAGUACAGCGGUGAGGUGGAGCUGAGGGUCCAGGUGGUGGCCUUUCGCUUUCAGAGCGCGCCACAGCUGGUUCUGGACAGCGCCGCCACCCUGGCUGCGGUCACGGCGACCCUGGGGGAUGACAUCACUUACACCGGCUGCAGUCGCUGCUCCACCGAGCUCGACACCGACGCCAACGGCAUCUACGGCCCGUGCUACCCCUGCCUGCCGCACACGGCGGUGCGCCGCUACUACAGACCAGGUGUGCUGACGGUGAGGGGAGGGGAUCACAGCCACCUGCAGGUGCAGGUUCCUUCAGAUCCUCUACAGAAGAUUCUUCAAGCUCCUCCUGACAAACUGCAGAGGAGUUCAGCUCCGGACUCGGACGUGAAGUUCAUUCAGGUCGCAGCAGAGCGGAUCAAGAGCCUCCUCUCCCUCCCCCGGAGAACCGUCAUCGUCACGCUGCGCAGCCACUUCCUGUGUGACGAGAACAGCAUCCCCAUCACACAGAGCUUCACGCUGCUGGAUCUCCAGAUCCCCACGUGAGGAACGGCCGACCUUCAGCUGCAGGAAACUCCAGGAUCUGCAGCAGAUGGAGUCCGCUUUCAGCCCUGCAGGAACAUCUGUGUCCUGAGAAACGAAUGUAUCUGUGCUCGUGUCCAGAGUUGGGGUAACAGGUUAGAAAGUAAGGAAUUCAAGUAAUUUAAUCACUUUUGUCAUUAAAUUAUACUUUGAGUUACAAAUGUAACAAGUUAAAGUUCAAAUUUUGUAAUAAACUGCACUUAUGUUGUUACUUAAGUUUCAUAGGUUCUGACAUUUUCUGUCUGUUAAAUGAAACGAAAUGGAGAUUAAAUAAGAAAAAACUGAGUAACUUAA